GCGAGCGGGCCAUGGGGAGCCGGGAUGGGAGGUGGGAGGGACCCUGCGCUGAUCCGGGAAGGGCCACGAGGGAUCGACGGGGCUCGGGGGAAGGACAGCCUUCGGGCACGUCCCUGCGGCCGGACAGUCGAUACAUAUUGCCAAACUGAAGUGUCUUGUUUUCUUGAACGAUGAAAGGAGACAGCCAUGAAUGGGCCACUAGAUGAUUUAGCAAAUGCUUCUGAUUUCCCUGAUUAUGCAGCUGCUUUUGGAAAUUGCACUGACGAAAAAAUCUCACUCAAGACAAACUACCUCCCUGUUAUUUACAGCAUCAUCUUUCUGGUGGGCUUUCCAGGGAAUGCAGUAGCGAUUUCCACUUAUGUUUUCAAAAUGAGGCCUUGGAAAAGCAGCACCAUAAUUAUGUUGAACCUGGCUUGCACAGACCUGCUGUAUCUGACGAGCCUCCCUUUCCUGAUUCACUAUUACGCCAGUGGUGAAAAUUGGAUCUUUGGGGAUUUCAUGUGCAAGUUUAUCCGCUUUGGUUUCCAUUUCAACUUGUACGGCAGCAUCCUCUUCCUCACUUGUUUCAGCAUCUUCCGCUACUUUGUGAUCAUUCACCCCAUGAGCUGCUUUUCCAUUCACAAGACCAGAUGGGCAGUGGGCGCAUGUGCUGUGGUGUGGAUCAUUUCACUGGUGGCUGUCAUUCCCAUGACCUUUCUCAUCACGUCAACCACGAGGACCAACAGGUCUGCCUGCCUUGACCUCACCAGUUCUGAUGACCUCCCUACCAUCAAGUGGUACAAUCUGGUUCUGACUGCAACCAUUUUCUGCCUCCCCUUGGUGAUAGUGACACUUUGCUAUACAAUGAUUAUCUACACCUUAACCCAAGGACCUCAGACUCACAGCUGCCUGAAGCAAAAAGCUCGAAGGAUAACCAUUCUGCUACUCCUCGUAUUUUAUGUAUGUUUCUUACCUUUCCAUAUCUUGAGGGUCAUUCGGAUUGAAUCUCGCCUGCUUUCAAUUAGCUGCUCCCUAGAGAAUCAGAUUCAUGAAGCAUACAUCGUUUCUAGACCAUUAGCUGCCCUGAACACAUUUAGUAACCUGUUACUGUAUGUGGUGGCUGGAGACAACUUUCAGCAGGCCAUCUGCUCAGCAGUGAGAUGCAAGGCAAGUGGGGACAUUGAACAAGCAAAGAAAAACAGUUACUCAAACAACCCUUGAAAUAGUUCAUUUACUCAAUUAAAAGGCUGCUGAUGUACUACCUGUGACUCCUAAGAAGCCCAGAAUAUCUCCCUCAAUGGAACUCCUAGUAAACAUUGCAUAUUCAGGAAAUUAUGUGCCAAAGCCAGGGCACAGCUACUAAGAGUUCUUUACCAUCCUUUACUGAGCUCCUCUCUUGAGUAGAGACAUAAGAAUGGGAUGUAUGCAUAUCGGUAAUG